CCGAUACCGAUCCCAUAUACACUCUCUCGCCACGAUCCGCUGGCUAUAUAAACUGCAAACGGGGCCGACUACUGGCAUUCAUUGUUUGCUCGCAGGCAAAUCAACUCCUCAGUGAAAAAGGACCUAAGGAUUUCGGUUCAUAAAUCAAUUUCAUUCAUCAUUAAUCUUGUUCCGAGUUCGAAUCCCAGUCUCGGGGAUUGUGUGUGGUGCUUGUGUACUCAACUGUUUAUCAAAGCAAAGUAAAAUUAAAAGCCAAACAGCGCCAAAUACAAACAGAGAUCCGUCGGCAGCGAAAUAAACAAAACAUCGCAAAACGUGCGCGCCAACAAAAAACCGAAAUAAGGGAAAAAUUCGCUAUUAAUUUUCCCCGAUUGCGAUUCCUAUCCCCUAUAAAUUGUUUGUCUACGUAGAACAAAAGAAAGCAUUUUGCAAUAAACAAAAUUGAAAACCAGAAAGGCGAAAACCAGUCAACAUGGAAGUGCAGAAACGGCCGGAUCAGUCGCUGAUAUCCAGCAUUAUUCUCGAUUCCAGAUGUGGGCUGAACGACUUAUAUCCGAUUGCCCGGCUGACACAGAAAAUGGAGGACGGCCUAAGUGUUUCUGGGAAGGCAUCCGCCUCAGGCCCCGUUGAUAAGGACUGCCCCUAUACCAUCGAACUGAUCCAAGCCGAGGAUGCCGAGGCGGUGAUAGCCAUGCUCAAGACCUUUUUUUUCAAGGAUGAACCUCUCAAUACCUUUCUUGAUCUUGGAGAGUGCAAGGAACUGGAGAAGUACUCUCUGAAGUCCCUGCCCGAUAAUUGCUCAUAUAAGGCGGUCAACAAGAAGGGCGAGAUCAUAGGUCUAUUCCUAAAUGGACUGCUAAGACGUCCGUCCCCUGAUGAUGUGCCCGUAAAGGCAGCCGAUUCCUGCGAUCAUCCCAAAUUCAAGAAGAUCCUCUCGAUGAUGGACCAUGUGGAGGAGAAGUUCAACAUCUUCGACGUUUAUCCGGACGAGGAGCUGAUCCUGGACGGCAAGAUCCUGUCGGUGGACACCAAUUACCGGGGCUUGGGCAUCGCCGGUCGACUGACGGAGCGUGCCUACGAGUACAUGAGGGAGAAUGGCAUCAAUGUGUACCACGUGCUCUGCUCCAGCCACUAUUCCGCCCGGGUGAUGGAGAAGUUGGGCUUCCACGAAGUGUUCAGCAUGCAGUUCGCCGAUUACAAGCCACAUGGGGAGGUGGUCUUCAAGCCGGCAGCUCCGCAUGUCGGCAUCCAGGUGAUGGCCAAGGAGGUGGGCCCCGCAAAGGCGGCGCAGACGAAGCUGUAGAUGAUCUGAAUUUGGAUUUUGUACUAUGUGAUUCUUUAGUUUGUAGUUCGGUGGCGGGUUCCCGGUAGUGUCUCCACUUUCGAUUCAGAGUAGCAUAAACAAACAGUACAAGUUACGUAUUUAUCUAAUUUAAUUCUCCCGUUGCGACGGUAAACUUAAGUGUUUUGUGUUUAGAAAGAGCUCAAAAUAAAACAAUGUCUUCAAAAACGA